CACGGACGUAGACUGGCAGGCAUACACACACACAGACCCAUACAGACAAACAAGCCCACAGCCCACCCUCCACUGCCGACACAGCACUGACACUCUGACACUCUGACGCACAGCAUCAGCAGGCUUGAAGGGAGAGAAGGGGGCCGUGUUGAGGGGACGUGUUGAGGGGAGGUGGGUGCGUGCGUGCGUGCGUGCGUGUGUGGUCCCAGCGUGUGUGGGAAUCCUGGGGGUGGGUAGUGACAUUCUCGCGAAGGAUGCUUGGUUUUUUCGUUUUUUUCGUUUUUGAGAGGACCGGGGGUUUGAUUUUUGUGAGUGUGUGGGUUUGAUUGUGUGUGGCUUGUGGGUUGGUGAUGGAGAUGGGUGAGGAUGGUGAGGAUGGGUGAUGGUGGUGAUGGUGCUACAAACAGCCGGACAUACGGACGGACGGAUAUCGCGAGUCCGUUACUUUAUAUACACUCAAUCACUCCCGACGACGAAGAAUCCCAGCGGGCAAUCCAUCCUGCCAUCCAUCCAUCCAUCCAUCCAUCUCCCGACCGAGGUCGCAUCAGACAGGCUGCCGUCGCAUCGCACGCACGCACGACACAUGCACACAUGCAUGCAACCAGCCUCUAUCGCUCGCUCGACACUUGUGUUUCGAGUGCCUGUCCCAUCUCCCCUCUACUCCACUCCCCCUCUCUGCUCCACUCUGCGCCCUCCGCCCAGAGGCCCUGCCCCCAAAGCCCACGUGGUCUAUCAUGCGGGCUCGGCGUGACUGGAAGCUUGCUCGCCUGUCAGAGAGGGGAGAAGGGAGAGGGGGGAAAGAGGAUGAUGCUGUACGUGUUCUGCUAUUCUUAGCUGGGGCUGGGGUAUGUGUGUGUGUGUGUGUGUGUGUGUGUGUGCGUUCGGGAUUG